AGAGGCAAAUGCAGCCGAUAAUAUUAUCGUUUGACGGAAAACAAUGUUAUCUGAAAAGCAGUGCGCUCGUAUCUGACCCCUGUUUCAUUCCUUUCCGAAUGCACGCCGGUUUGGCACAACUUUGAAAGUUUAAAAGGAACUGGAAGAACGGUGUCCUUGGGUGAUAUCACCAUUACGUCAUGCCCAGCUGUGACGUCAUCCUUCGCCCCGCCCCUUCCUGCUCACAAGCUCCUCCUCCCCGCGCGACGUUGCUCACACUGUGCGACAGCCAGGGUGCCGCUGCCACCAAAGAUCUGCUGAAGCGUCCCAUCAUCAAGUGUAUUGUGAAGGUGCUCAAGCGCACCCAGAGCGGCCAGGAUACCGGCGACCAGGUCUCCAAGAAGCCCAGAGAAGACGUCCAAGGAAGUGUCAACCUACCGAAGAACACGAGACAGGUCAUUCUAAAGCCACCCAUCAUGAUCAGUCGGUCCAACAUGAGCCGAACAGCCCUCAAGCAGCAGCUGAUGCGGGAGCAGCUCCAGCAGCAAGAAGCAAAGGAAAGGGGCUUGGCUUGCUCUGCUCCAUCUCAAACAUCUAGUGCCAUCAGAGUGCCCAUAUACUCUUCACCUCUUCCUGUAGUUCAAGUGCCCAAGCAAGUACUAAUGGUGAAAAGUAAGCUUGAAAAUCCAACUCCAUAUCAUAUGCAAGAAAGUCGGCAACGUCAAGUCCGUGAAUAUCUCUCACAUUCCCAUCUCAAUGGUCGUGCCAACAGUUUACCAACUAGCCAUAUAGUGAACAGUAUUGAACCAAGUCCUCAGAGUGACUUUUCAGCUGCAGUUAGCAGUAAUGCUGCAAGCCCUACAGAUCUAGAAGAAUUUUGGAAUGAUUUGCAGUUGAAUUCUUGCACAGAUUCAGUCGCUGAUAACAUAUUAGAUCCUAGUCUCACAGUACCUGUUACAGCAGUGAGUAGCACUUCUCAGUCUGAUUAUCCAGAUGAAGCUGAUAUUCUUCAGGUUCUCUCAAUGCUUCCCACACUGGAUGGUGUUUCUACUUCCUGUCCUGCAGGACUGACAGAUGUUUCAGAAACUGACUCACAGAUUGAUGAAAAAACACAAGCCUUUCAGAAAGAUAGGCAAAAGAAAGAUAACCACAAUCGAAUUGAAAGGCGAAGAAGAUUCAAUAUUAAUGACCGAAUAAAAGAACUGGGAACUUUACUUCCAAGAAGUAGUGACCCACAUUAUGAAUUAGUGAAAGAUCUUAGACAAAAUAAAGGCACAAUUUUGAAAGCUUCUGUUGACUAUGUGAGAUGCUUGAAGAAAGAAGUUCAAAAAAUCCCAGACCUAGAAUUUAGGCUACGCAUGAUGGAUCAGUUAAAUAAAAAACUGUUGCUGAAAAUACAGAAUUUGGAACUCCAACUGCAGGCCAACAAUAUCCCAAUCAGCGAUUCUACCUGGUACCCAUCCACUGAAGAAGAUUUGAAUUCCCUCAUCAAACAAGAAGACACCCUCAGUCCUCCCUUGUCAAAUGGAUCUUCUUCCCAAGAUAGGUAUUUCCCCAGCAGUCAGCCUAAUUUGGCCACCUUACCAGAGCACAUAAGCACUGAUAACCUUCCAACAUCCACAUCACAGUCACUACCCCAUGGGGAUUCCAGUCGCAAACGCAUGCCCAUUAUGCAAUUCUUGGUCAAGAAGGAAGCUCAGACCCCUUCCUCCUGCAGCCAGAGUCCAGCCACUGGUUGCACAAGUCCCAAUUUCACCACAUUCGAGGAUCUCAUGAUGGAAGAUGACCAUCCUGUGACGGGGGAUCCCAUGCUAUCCUCAAGAGACGCAUUCACACCAGAAAAUAUGGAUUUCAUGACAUAAAACUAUAAAAAAUAAGGAGUUUUUAAAGAGCUUUAGACUUUUUUUUUUCUCUUGCAAAACAUGUGGCCAGUUUUAAAUGAAGAGAAAGAUUAGAGGUUUUGUUUUGUCUGUAAAUGAAAACCAAUUUUUCAUAGGUUUGAUAUCAUUGAAAUUUUCAUAUUUAGGUACAAAAAUUCACAUUCUCUUGUUUUACUGUCAGCAGUUGAUGUCAUUAUUUUAUCAUUGAUAAAAUAUGGCCAUAAACAUAUUGUUGCUGACAAAUUGUAUUAUUAUAGUAAUGUAAUUUUGCAGAUAUUUUUCAUCCACAUAUGCUUGGUGAUACUUUUAUGUCACAUGCCCAUGACAUUUAAAAUACACACUGGCUAAAUGUGGACUGAUUUGUUUAAGAGAAGUAGCAAUGGUCAUCAUAGGUGGUUACAAAAAUUAUCUUAGCAAAUGAGUGAAGCAUAUAAGUGAUAUAUAGCUCAAAGUGCCUUUUAUUUUAAAAUAUUCGUGAUGUAUAUAAUUUGUUUUGUUUUUCUUUUGAAGUUUUAUUAGUCAUUAAUAAAUUUUAGCAAUAUAUUGAAAUCAACGUUAUUAUAUUUUGAUAUAUAUCUUAGCAGAAAAUAUUGCUGCUAAUUUAUAUAAAACAUCUUUAAUUAAUUAUAGAUUGCCAUAUCUAAUGCAGAUGCAAAAAAGAAUACAAUUGAGAAAAUUUUCUGAAUAAUUAUUUUAAAUUUUAAUUCCUUUUUAUUUACCAUUAUUUUAUGUUUCAGGCUAUUUAUUUUCUGAUAAUGGUCUUGAAUAUUUUUUUCUUGUUGAAAUAGAGCUAAGUGUAAAGAAAGUUUUAAAGCCCUAAUACAGAAUAACUUUAAUUAAUCUUAAUGUAAUUAUCUAAUUUUUACGCAUUAAUUUUUUUUUACCAAUUUCAUAUUUAUUUUUUAUCAUUAUGAAUAUAUCUAAAUUAAUAUAUCUAUGGAUUAAAAAUUUAUUCUCAUAUUUAAAAGUAAUUGUAUCUUAAUUAGCCCAUGAUUAAUGACCAAAUAAAUUUGUAUACUUCUUUUACUAUCUUGAAUUUUUUCAUCCAUCAAAAUGUAGCUCUGUUAAACCAUCUUAAAAGACUGACAUGAGAUUUUGUUCAGUCAGUAAGCUUAUCUAGUCAAAAUUAAAUGAUUGUAGUUUACGCCUAUUACUUACAAAACUUAGAUUUCUUAUUAAUAACAAUUUCUUUAGCGCUGAAAAUUCUUUAAAGGCUUUAUAUGCUCUUGAUUUAUUUUUUUAGAUGAAAUAUCUCAGAGUAUUAGUUAUAUAUAUAUAUAUAUAGUAUGUAUGUAUAAACUCCCUAUAAUUUCAUUACUGUCAUUCAUUCUUCUCUUUCCAUUAAUUAAAAAAAAAAUCUGAUGAAAUCUUUUUUGAAAUGAAAUGAAUUUACUUGUUAAUUAUAGUUUCCUUUGGCACAGCUUAUAUUAAAUAAAAGUGCUGCUGUUUUUUUAAUUGUUAUGUAAUUUAAAUGAGCUGCAUAAAAUUGAAUUCUUUUAAUUAAAGACCUUAAAUUGCAACUGAAAUAACUGCAUUUCAUUUAUAUUUAAUUGAUAGAAUUUUUGUUGUUGUUAUAUGAUGAUAUUGAAAGAAAAUUAUUGAUUAUAUCUGAGUGUUUGAUGUUCACUUAGGAAAAUACUUUUAUAUAUUUAAUUGCCAUACAUGUAAUUUUAGACCACAUCGAUUUUUAUUAUUAGUAUAUCAUUAUAAAUCAGAGCUUCUUAAAUUUUGCUUUGAAAUCCUACUUGGAGUUAGGCAAUAAAAGUGAACAGCCAUAAAAAUUUCCUGAGAUUAAUGAAUAGUGUUUUAUCUAGUGAAAAAAAUUUUCAAUCUCUAAUUGCUCAUCAUACUCUAUUGUUAUGUUUUGUUUUAUUUUGAUAUAUGAAUGAAGGAAAUUUUUGAUAAUUUUAACUUCAGUCAGUAGUAUGCUAAAGCUAAGAAGGUAGUCAAGUUACUGGUCGUUGAGAGAAGAUAGUUCCUUUCAUAAUAAAUAAUUACACCAAUGCACAUUGUUUACUUUAUCAGUUUAGAAGUCAAAUGUUAUUUUAUUGCAUGAUUGAAAAUAUAUUUGCGUUAUAAGAUGAUGGAAGUUCUUCUUGCUAAUACAAUUAUGCACUUCACAUUGAUUGCUGGACCUUCAUAAAUGGUGAAAUGCAAAUCACAUGAUCAAUUUUCAUAGAAAUAUAUUUUCAGCUCAAUGUACUUUCUCAUCAGUGUUUUCUUAAUGGAACUGGUGUAAUUAAUUUAAAAGUUUAAUAAAAGAUCUUUAUAAAUCUUAAUUUAAAAUCAAAUUUAAAAUGUAGGAUUAUUGUUUAUCAAAUGUGCCCUCCAUGUUGUGUGUUUUUAGAUAUUUUAAUGCAUAUGCAAGUUCCACUCUUGUUGCAGGUUUCUGGAGAACAUCAAAUAUUCAACUUCUUUAAUCCUUAAUAUUCAGUAAUCUGUAGUAUUCAAAUAAAAUUAGUGAAUAAUUGUUUUUUUUUUUUUUUUUUUUUUGUGCAAUAGUAAUCCAUUUCACUGUGUUUUAAUUGUACAGAUUUUUUUUUCUUCUUUUUAUUAUUGUGGAUUGCAAAUCCAUUUAAGAAGCUUUGUUUUAGAUAUCACUAGGGAGUGAGUUGAGAAUGCAAUAAAUCAUCCUUCAUUAUCUAAGCACUAUAUGGCUUCAGUUGUUGAAAACAACCAUGUUUCAUAUGUAGAUGUAAAUUAUUGUAUAAAGUUUAUUUAUGUAAAUAAUUCCCCAAAUAUUUCUGUCAAUAUUCAGCCAUUGCAAUAAAUAUUAUGGAAUGUUGAAUCUAUUUUUAUCAUUUAUGCAAGGUGUUGAAUGUUUUAUAAUCUGACCUUUUAUAAUAAUAUAAUAUUUUAUACUUAAAAAUUGAUUUAUAUUCUUAAUAGAAAAAUGUCUUUCUUAUAUUAUGUGAAAUAGCUAAAAUUAUUAUCAAACAAUUAUUUUUUAUUAUCAAUUAUCAAUUAUUUUUUAUAUUUAAAAAUGUUUGUUCAGUAUAUAUAUUUUAAAAUAUAUUGAAAAAAUAUUACAUUCUACAUUUUAUUAUGUAUUAAUUAUUAGUGAUAAUUUUAUCUUAAAAGUUGAAUUUUUCCAUUGUUUGUAUAUAAAAAGGCCUUAGCACUAUUAAGAUUUGUAUGUGAUAAAAAUUCAGUUUUAAUGCUGAGAGUGUAGAUGUUUGAAAUGAUACGUUGAAAAUGAAAACCACUUUUUUGAAAUAUAUUUUAAUUAAGAAUUCUAUAGUAGAUAAAUUACAUAUUGAUGAAUAACAUGAACGAAAUAUAUAUAUGUACAGAGCAAUAUGAAAAUAUACAGUUGACAGAUGUAAGAUAUACACAUUUCAUUUUUUAAAAGUGAUCAGAUUUACAUCUAACAUUUAAUGCUGUUUGUUGUUAAAUGCUUGCGAGUGUGCAUUCAUACAUAGCAUAUUAUAUCAGAUGAAAUCUCAUUUCUAAAGAUACUCAAUUUCUUUGUAUAAUAUGUUUAAUAAAUUAUAUCUUAAAAAUGAAGAA